GACAUCAGCCAAGAUCACCAAAUAGCACCAGGGAGCCAGCGCAUCCACAAAGCCAAUUUACAAACGCGCAGGGGAUCAGACUGUGUACAGAGACUAUCUCAUGUCGACUGCACACGCCGCUCUAUCCGCAAGCAGGACAUUGCGUGCAGAACCCACCAAAGAACAUGGGAACCGCAGGCGCUCAUCCUCUCUUGUUCAGGUAAUUGAGCCGAGUACCUUUGACGAGCUUCAAGAUCAAGGCGCGUGGUCCAUCCAUAUCGUUAUGAUCCUCCUUGCCAAGAUCUUUUACAAUACACUACCUGGUGUCUCUCAGGAACUUGGCUGGACAUUGACUAAUUUAUCCUACAUGGCGGCCAGUUACCUCAUGUUUCACUAUGUCCGUGGCGUUCCCUUUGACUUCAACUCUGGCGCCUUUGAUCAACUCAAUAUGUGGGAACAGAUGGAUAACGGCGUUCAGUAUACGCCUGCAAAGAAGUUCCUGACGGCUGUGCCGAUUGUGCUGUUUUUGCUGAGUACACACUACACGCACUACGAUUUCACGAUGUUUAUCGUCAAUCUGUGGGCGCUCCUCAUGGUGCUCAUUCCGAAAUUGCCAUUUGCUCACCGGCUACGCAUCUUUGGUGUCAACAAGUUUGACCUGAAAGUAGCAGAUGAAUGAUUGAUGAGGGAUAUUGGGAUCAGGAUCAAGUUCACUUCAGUA